GCGUUGCCGCCCUUUCAUAAUAUCCAAGGGGUGUCCACAAUAACAGCAUAAAAGCAUCUAUCCACCAAGCGACCACGAUGAGCGACGAAACCAAAAAGACGUCCCACCAAGAGGAGGAGUCUGUGGCGAUUGCCAAUGUGGUAGUCAUUGACUAUGAGGACCUCAAGCAACAAGAUACCAAACCAAAGAUGCUGGAAGCCAUCGAGGAAGCGUUUGGUCCGAAUGGAAUUGGUCUAUUGGCAGUGCGCAACGUGCCAGGAUUCUUGGAGGCCAAAUCCACGCUGCUACCCAUGGCGCACAAAUUGGUCCAUCUCCCCCAAGAGUAUUUGGAUUCCAAAUUGACGGAUGCCGAUUCCUUGUACAACGCCGGAUGGUCUCAUGGAAAAGAAAAACUGGGAGACGGGGAACCGGACUACGCCAAGGGAUCCUUUUACUACAAUCCCUGCACGGAUUGUCCCGGAACCGAACAAGACCGUGCCCAAUACCCCUUGUCGUACCCCUCCAAUUUGUGGCCAAGCGACCGCCUUCCCGAAUUGGAACCGGCGGCCAAAACCAUGGGAUUGCUCUUGAAAGACGUCACGAUCGGUCUAGCCACACAUUUGGAUGCCUACAUUUGCAACAAAUUAUCAGCCAAGGAACAAGCAAACUAUCAACCGGAUACUCUAUCCAAGGCACUGGCGGAUACGGAAAAAGUCAAGUGUCGUCUGUUAUACUACUUUCCGAAAUCAACAGCAGCAACAACCACCAGCCGCAACAACAACAAUAAUAAAAAUUCCUGGAUUGGUUGGCACAAUGAUUCGGGAUUCUUGACGGCAUUGGCGGGUGACUACUAUGUCGAUCAUGCAGCGGGUGCCAUUAUGGAUGAUGCACCCGACAACAAGGCAGGACUUUACGUGGCCGAUCGACACGACAAUCUACAACGCGUCGUCAUUCCCCCCGAUUGUUUGGCCAUUCAAAUGGGAGAGUGCACGCAAAUUCUGUCGGGGGGUGCCGUCUGUGCCACACCGCACAUGGUUCGUUCGAGUGGCGUUGAUGGAGUGGCGCGCAUUAGUUUGGCUGCCUUUGUCGAUACCCCGCCCACGUUUCCAUUGUGGACACCGACUGGCGGUGAUGACCUGCUGGAAAGCAAACGAGUGCCACCGUUGCACCAACGCUGGACGACCAAUGGCAUGACGUUUGGAGACUUUUUGACACAGACCUUUCAAAUGUACUAUGACUGGGGCAAAACGAACCAACCCAGCGAGGAGUGAUCGAAUGAUGAAUGCAUGCAUGAAAAGUGCGAAGAAAGCAUGCAUGCAUGGCUUGCUGUGGCGAUGUCAGCCCGUAUGAUAUGUCAACUACUACUAGCUAGUAUCACAAGCGCAAGUUGGGUUCUACUGCAUCGGUUGAUGAAGGAUUUGCGGCUUAUAUAUGAGUUCAAUAGGCUAAGCUAAAACUGUGACUACUCUGCAGGGUUUAUCAUAUAGGGGGUUUUAGAAUAUGGAGGCUAUCUACGGAAGUGAGUUAUUGCCAGGCUUGGGCAAAGAAGAGUCAAAAUUCAGGACUAGGUUCCUGGGUGCUGCCGUUGCACCAACGAUGGACGACCAAUGGCAUGACGUUUGGAGACUUUUUGACACAGACCUUUCAAAUGUACUAUGACUGGGGCAAAACGAACCAACCCAGUGAUGACUGAUCGAAUGAUGAAUGCAUGCAUGAAAAGUGCGAAGAAAGCAUGCAUGCAUGGCUUGCUGUGGCGAUGUCAGCCCGCAUGAUAUGGCAUCUACUACUAGCUAGUAUCACAAGCGCAAGUUGGGUUCUACUGCAUCGGUUGAUGAAGGAUUUGCGGCUUAUAUAUGAGUUC